AUGUUGGACUUCUUCCACAAGGCCCCAAACGAGGAUUGCUGGUACAAGUUUCUCGAGCCGAUCUUGCCGUACAUCCGCAACAUCAUUCCCGCCUCUGUUGCGUGUGAUUUACUCGACAUCUUCUUGACCGACCCGGGGAGCUCGCUGUUUCGCGUCGCAUCUCCAUAUAUAUUGACCAGAGUCUUUCGUAAAAAGUCCAUUAUACAUCCCACAGCUCCCAGAUAUACCACACCGGCACUGCUUGCAACAAUCCUGUGGUGUGUUGCACAGACUGCUGAUGUCAUGAUGCUGCAUGUCCCGGGCUCAAGAGCCAAGGUUGUUAACGAUCUGUAUGACUUGGCAACAUCUCUAAUAUCCGAACGUGACCCUGAUCGAUGGCGACGAAUUCACGGUGGCCUCCGAGCAGAAAAUGAGACACCCCAUCCUAGGCUCCCCAAUGCUCCAACAGUGCCGAAAACCACGGUGAAUAACGAACCGGCGGGCGAGAUUGAUGAUGUCUUAACCUUCAUCCUCCUUUCCAUUGCUGUCUCAGGCUCCGACUUCAAAUCGGAUUGCUACAAAUGGUGGUCCAAGGCAACACGGCUGGCCUUUUCGUUGGGUCUCAAUCGAGAGGAUGAACAAUGUGCCGGACCUGUGACACCAUGUGCAAACCCCCUUUGCUCGUGCAAAAAGGACCAAGAUGGCAGCAUAUACAAUAUGGAGUUACGGGAAGAACGCCGGAGAGUCUUUUGGCUGCUCUACGCCUUGGAUCGCCAUCUAGCCUUGUCCUUCAACUCGGCUCUAACGAUACCCGAUUCAUACUGCGAAGUUUAUUCUCCGCUACCUGAAGCUGUUUGGGAAAACCUUGAUACAAUCCCGCCCAGCGAAAUCCCCGCUCGAAGGAUCGGACCGCCAACUACCGCCUCUGGAUCUGCCUUUUUUGAAUACUUUUUGCCCCUCAUGGCGAUACUGGGCGACAUCAUAGAAGUCCACCAUAGGCGCCGUCAUCCAAGGCUUGGAGAUCUCGACGAUUCACAUUCUGUAGCUGUUAUUCAGGGGCUUCUUUCGACCUACGAGAUGAGUCUUGCCGCGCUUUCGUCGGAGGGUAAUGACAGCAACAUAAUACCUCUCCCUAUUCACACCCCAAAAGGCAUUGUUGCUGGAAUGCCUUCAAGGCCCUCCAUCUCUCACCCGCACCCAUCAUCUGCAGCGCCAUACAAUGCGGGUGAUCCUUCCAAGAUGCGGCUCGCAAAAGCCUAUAGUACGCACAUUCUACACGUGCUACAUGUGCUUCUACACGGCAAAUGGGAUGCCAUAUCCAUGUUGGACGACGGCGACGACUGGAUUACGUCCAAGAGAUUCAACGAGUGCGCGUCACAUGCCAUUUCCGCCUCACAAUCGGUCUCGACCAUCUUGACCAUUGAUCCAGAGCUUACCUUCAUGUCCUAUCUUUUUGGUAUAUAUCUACUCCAGGGAAGCUUUAUCCUUCUCCUUUUCGCAGAUAGGAUGCCGCAAUUGGGUCCCAACGAGUCGGUGGCACAGGCGUGCGAGAAUAUUAUUCGAGCCCACGAGGUGUGCGUUGUGACGCUUAGCACAGAGUUUCAGAAAAAUUUCCGAACAGUUCUACGAUCUACUCUAUACAGCGUUCAAGGCGCAGGAACUACGAAUUGGGAUGAGCAUCGUUCACGACGAAGGGCUCUUUCUUUGUACCGGUGGACAAAGGGGGCCAAGGGGCUGGCACUGUAA